CUCUCCUAACUCGCAUUCCCCUGCUUUAGCUUCCCUCCCUCAAGCUACUUAUCACUAAAAAAUCAGCCGCUACUUCAUCAAAACUCCCUCCUUUUCUCACCUAUGGCCACUUCCACGAACAUCUCUACCGCGUCCGCCGCUCUCUUCCUCAUCUCCCUCCUCCUCUUCUUCUCAACAAUCAGCUCUUGCGGCACUUGCCCGACUCCAAACCCACCAACACCACCAACACCAACAACCCCAUGCUUGAGUCCGCCCACCGCCCCCAAAUGCCCGCAUGACGUUCUGAAACUUGGAGCUUGCGCCAACGUGCUGGGGCUCAUCAAUCUUAAUCUUGGCAAGCCACCAAUGGUCCCUUGCUGCACUCUGCUCCAAGGUUUGGCUAACUUGGAGGCUGCCGUUUGCCUUUGCACUGCUCUUAAAGCUAAUGUGCUUGGAAUCCAACUCAAUAUCCCAAUAAAACUUACUUUGCUCCUAGACUACUGUGGAAAGAACGUCCCCUCUGGAUUCCAGUGCGCUUGAAUGAUUUUGGUUUUGGCUCUAGUUUUCUUAUAAAUGUUUUUGUUGUUUUUGGUGCUGUUAGUGAGCUUGCAAAGUCCUGUCGUACGUGAAUAAGCUCAUUGCAUCCAGAACUUAAUUUUCAUUGUUGUUUGCUUUUUUCUUUUCUCUUCUCAAAUUCCCUUUUAUUAUCUCUGUUCAAUGGGAGCAACUGAACCUCACAGGUCGAUGUGAGUGACUUGAUUCAGAUUUGUUCUGCCAAA